AUGUCUUUAGCCAUUGAGAAUUUACUAAGUCUAGGCGCUAUAGUCCCAUGCUUCUCGACACCGGGACAGUUCUUGUCAAAAAUAUUCCUCGCGCCUAAAUCAAAUGGUGGUAAACGAUUUAUAUUAAAUCUAAAACCAUUAAACAAGUUUAUAAAAACGGAACAUUUCAAAAUGGAGGAUUAUCGUACUGCUGCUAAGAUUAUACCAAAAGACGGAUUCUUAGCCACUGUAGACCUUAAGGAGGCUUACCUUUUGGUUCCAUUAAAUAUGCAUGAUAGGAAAUACUUUCGAUUUCAAUUUAAAGAUGAAAAGUCUCAAUUACAGACAUAUGAAUUUACCGCCAUGCCUUACGGGCUGGCAGUAGCACCUCGAGUGUUUAGUAAAAUAAUGAAAGAGGUAGUUACAUCCCUGAGGUCACGUGGCUUCAAAUCCGUAAUAUAUUUGAACGAUAUUUUAUGUAUCGGCAAUGACUUAUCCGAAUGUACGCAUAACGUCAAUGAGACAAUUAAACUUCUUAAAUGUCUAGGUUUUGUAAUUAACCUAGAAAAAAGUUGCUUAGAACCGCAAAAGGUCCGAAAUUUUUUAGGAUUUGUGUACAAUACAGCUGACUUAACUUUGUCUUUGCCUUUAGAAAAACGCAACAAAAUUUCACAAUUGGUCUCAAAAUUUUUAUCAUUGCCUAGAUGUACCAUCAGAGAAUUUGCACAAUUGAUUGGCACUCUUAUCGCCGCGUGUCCCGCUUCUAAAUACGGCUGGAUGUACACAAAAAUUCUGGAAAGGGAAAAGUAUUUACUUUUGCAAAAAUACGGUAAUUAUGAUACGAAAGUGUUACUCCCUGAUAACAUUAUACAGGACUUAACUUGGUGGUCAUAUAACAUUAACUCAAUCUCCGGUCCUAUGAGGACACAAGGUUAUAAAAAAGAAAUUUUUUCUGAUGCAUCACUAACGGGCUGGGGUGCGUAUUGUGAUGGAAAGCGUGCAAAUGGCAACUGGAAAGACAGUGAAAGAAAUCUUCACAUCAACCAACUCGAGUUGAUUGCAGCCUUCCUAGCCAUUAAAAGUUUCCUUCGCGAAGAGAAAGACUGUGCAAUAUUAUUAAGGGUUGACAAUACUACGGCCAUCAGUUACAUUAAUAGAAUGGGUGGUAUCCAAUACCCUCAUCUGAGCAACAUAUCCAGGCAAAUUUGGCAAUGGUGCGAGACACGAAAUAUUUGGUUGUUUGCCUCUUAUAUAAAUACCAGAGACAACAAAGAGGCUGAUGAGGAAUCCCGUCGAAUCAACCCUGAUAUCGAAUGGGAACUCUCGACGUCAGCCUUCGGUCAAAUAACAGAGGCAUUUGGUGAACCCGAAAUAGAUUUAUUUGCAUCCCGCUCCAAUGCCAAAUCUGAUCUGUAUGUUUCAUGGAAACAAGAUCCCGAUGCAAUGACCGUAGAUGCUUUCACUGUCGAUUGGAGUAAUUACUAUUUUUACGCUUUCCCACCUUUUGCGUUGUUACUGAAAUGUAUAAGAAAGAUCAUCGAUGAUGAGGCUGAAGGGAUUCUUGUGUUUCCAUACUGGCCGUCCCAGAGAUCAUCAUCCAAUGUACAAGCGACUUACCCUGGGUGUCGCGAAGCUCUGCGGACGGCCUUCAUCCAGCAAGGAACCCCAGCGGCGUCAGUAGAGUUGAUGCUCGCGUCGCUCUCCGACAAUACGGUAAAACAAUACGGUUCAUCUCUCAAGUUGUGGUGGGAAUUUUGUUUAACAAACAAUAUUGAUCCUUUCAAUGGUUCAAAUGAAGCCGUCAUAUUAUUCCUUACAGAGCAGUUCAAUAAGGGAGCUAGGUGGAUUAAAACCGUUUUGUCGGAGAGUGGCGUGGAUGCGUCCGUUUUCAAAGCGCACAGCACCCGCCACGCUGCCACGUCGGCGGCGGGCGCGGCGGGCGUCUCAGUCGAGACCAUCCGGAAGGCCGCAGGAAUAUUUAACGCUGUCUCCCGGCCUAUAGAAAUUGCUCCAAUAUUUGUGGCUUUAAAACUGACAUUUGUCAAGCGUCAACCUCGCCCGACAGACGUGUAUGACAUGGCGGAACGGAGGCGGUGUGCCUCGCGCCUCUAA